AUGGGGUUUCGAAUUACAACAUGGAACGUCAACGGGAUACGAAAUCCGUUUUCUUACGAGCCAUGGAGAGGCAAGCGGACGUUCGAUGCCAUGUUUGACAUCCUCGAGGCCGAUAUUGUCGUCUUUCAGGAAACAAAAAUCCAGCGCAAAGACUUGCGCGAUGACAUGGUCCUCGUGCCUGGUUGGGAUUGUUAUUUUAGUCUGCCUAGAGUCAAGAAAGGCUAUUCUGGUGUCGUGAUCUACACACGCAAUUCUACAUGUGCCCCCAUUCGCGCUGAGGAAGGUCUUUCGGGGAUGUUAUGCCCCCCGAACUCGUCGGUGCCCUUUCGAGAACUUCCUGAGGAUCAGCAGAUCGGUGGCUAUCCAAGCAUUGAGCAAUUAUCGCAGUUUGAUGUUGAUGCAGCCACACUAGACUCCGAGGGACGUUGCGUCAUUCUCGAGUUUCCCGCCUUUGUCCUGCUGGGCAUUUAUUCACCGGCCAAUAGGGAUGAGAGCCGCGACUCAUUCCGCCGCAAUUUUAUCGACCUGAUGGACGCGCGGAUACGUAACCUAGUAGGUAUGGGGAAGAGGGUGUUUGUGACGGGUGACUUGAAUAUCUCGCGGGGAGAGAUCGAUGCAGCUCAUGCGGGAGAGGCUAUCCGAAAAGGGACAUUGACGGAAGACGAGUUCGUAUCCACUCAUGCACGACGUGUGUUCAAUCAGUUGCUAUCCGACGGGAAGGUGAUCGGGGAACGGGAAGAAGGAAGAGAACAGCCUGUUCUGCAUGACAUCUGUCGCUCAUUUCAUCCGGACCGCAAGGGAAUGUACACCUGCUGGGAGCAGCGAAUCAAUGCUCGCCCGGGAAAUUAUGGCUCAAGAAUUGACUAUGUCUUGUGUAGCUUGGAUAUGCAAGACUGGUUCAGCGAUUCAAACAUUCAAGAAGGACUUAUGGGCUCUGACCAUUGUCCUGUGUAUGCGACGUUCAAAGAAACCGUACAUCUUGGGGGGAAGCAACUUAACAUCCGGGACAUCAUGAACCCUCCUGGAAUGUUCGAAAAUGGCGAGCGUCGACACGAAUACACGGCGAAGUGUUUACUACCGACUUCGGGCCGCUUGAUACCGGAGUUUGACAAACGAAGGAGCAUCAAGGACAUGUUCACGCGCAGACCCAAUAACGGCCCCCAGAGCUCCCCAACUAGUACCCCUACGCUUUCCCGUGCGAAUUCGAAUUGUGGAGAAUUGAAAGCUGUCAUCGGAAAGCUCUCAACGGAAGCAGUCGCCAACCACGCCAUUCCCAAGAACGAUCCCCAGCCAAAGGGAAUUGUCCGUAAACGGUCCGAGAAGGGCGACUCCCCUGUUAAACGUUCCAAAUCAGUAGCUGGCUUAGCACCCACGCCGGCAGUUGCUGGACAGAGAACGCUCAAGGGAUUCUUCAAGCCGAAGAGUUCCCCAGCCAUACAGAGCCGUGAUCAACCAACGGCCGACCUUGAAACAUGUGCCAUGCCCCAACCUGCAUCCCCAUCCAAGAUGAUGUCUUCGGCAGAGUCACAAGCAAUAGACAAGGGGCAAGUUGCGGCGGCCGUGACCACAGACUCCACAAAGGAAACCAAUCCAUCGAUGUCAACGACAUCAGACACCCCGACAGAUGAUGACACAUUCGUCGACCCAAUUGCGAGCAAGGAAGAUUGGUCAAAGCUAUUUACCAAAAAGCGCGCACCCCUAUGCGAAAGUCACCAGGAGCCAUGCAUUAGUUUGACAACCAAAAAGCCUGGCGUCAACUGUGGGCGAUCCUUUUGGAUUUGUCCUCGGCCUCUUGGACCCAGUGGCAACAAGGAGAAAGGAACACAAUGGCGCUGUCCGACAUUUAUUUGGGCAAGUGAUAGGAAUUCUUCGAUGUCGUAG